AUGCCCAUAUUUCAAGCCAAGACUUUCCGGCGUGCAACAACAGCAUCGUCAUCCCUUGGGGAGCGGGUCGGGGCGGCAUAUAGAUCACGUCUCCCGAAGCAUCCAUUUCUACUAUUUGGCCUUCCCUUCAUCAUGGUCAUAGUUGCCGGGUCUUUUGCAUUGACGCCGGCUGCCGCCCUAAGAUAUGAGCGCUAUGAUCGCAAAGUAAAACAACUUACUCAAGAGGAAGCCUUUAAUCUUGGUCUUAAGGGGCCGGAUGGCGAGGAAGGCAUAAGACGAAAUCCGCGGAGGAGAGUCAUUGGGGACGAACGAGAAGAAUACUACAGACUCAUGGCCAAGGAUCUUGAUGAUUGGGAACAGAAGCGAGUGCAACGCUUCAAAGGCGAACCUGAUGGCAGACUUUGA